AUAUUCAAAUUCCAAGACUCACACUCUGUGAAUCACCGGUUCAUAUCGAACUGCAUUCCUUUAGCGAUGCCUCUCAAUCUGCUUAUGGUGCAUGUAUUUACUUAAGAUCAAUAAACCAAAACGGCUACGCUACUGUUAAGUUAUUGUGUGCCAAGUCAAAGGUAGCACCUUUGAAACCGACCACCAUACCUCGCCUGGAACUAAGCGCGGCAUUACUAAGUGCGAGAUUAGUGAAAACCACUUUGCGCUCUUUAAGAUGUCAGGUGAUCCGUCUCGUCCACUGGUGCGAUUCAACUGUCGUUCUUGGUUGGCUUCAAAGUAACGCACGAACAUUUAAAACGUUUGUAGCCAAUCGAACAGUCGAAAUAUGCGAACUCACGAAUGCAGCUUCAUGGCGCUAUGUACCAACAGUGGACAAUCCAGCCGAUAUGAUAUCGCGAGGUGUUGACCCACAUCUAAUAAAGGAUUUAGAGUUAUGGUGGUCCGGACCCCAAUUUCUCUCUAAACCUGAAUGCGAAUGGCCACAAUUAAAGGAUAGUUCCAAUUUCCCUCUACCAGAACUGGAAAUAAAAUCACAUACCGUUAAAAUUGAACCUGUUGAAUCUUUCAUACAAAUGGAAAAUUAUUCUAAAUUUACUAACCUAAAACGAGUCACAGCUUACAUAUUGAGAUUUAUACACAACAUUAAAAAUCCUAAAUCUAAAACAAUCGGUAAUUUAACUAUUGACGAAUUAACUAACUCAUUUAAUUUUUUAUGUAUAGUAGCUCAAAAACAAUCUUUUCCGAAUGAAUAUGCCACUCUAACGAAAAACAAACAACUAAAUUCUAAAUCAAACAUUCUCUCUUUGUCUCCUUUCAUCGACGAUCACAACUUGAUUAGAGUAGGCGGUCGAAUAGAUGCUUCUAGUUUAAGUUAUGAUCAAAGGCAUCCAAUCCUUCUGCAUUCAUCCCAUUAUCUAACAAAACUUAUUUUCAAUUAUUACCACAUUUAUAAUUUACAUGCUGGUCCACAAUUACUGCUUGCUUCUGUACGACAACUUAUUUGGCCUAUUCAUGGAAGGCGGCUCGCUAGAAACACAGUACAGAAAUGCGUCAUGUGCAGACGAGUUCAAGGUAAAACUCUCAAUCCUCUUAUGGGAAAUUUGCCAGCACAGCGCAUAACUCUGGAUUUUCCAUUUAGAUCCGUAGGUGUAGAUCUGGCCGGCCCAUUUAUGACGCUAAAUAGAAAAGGUCGUGGCGCUCGACUUGUAAAAACCUAUCUUUGCCUAUUCAUAUGCCUGCGUUACAAAUGUUUACACUUAGAAGCGGUCAGUGACUUGACGAAAGAUGCUCUCUUAAUGACGUUUCGUAGAAUGAUCAGUAGACGUGGAAAACCAGCGGAAUUUUUCUCGGAUAAUGGAAAGAACCUGGUCGGUGCUGCUAAUGACAUUAAGAAAUUCCUAAAACAAAACAAGGAAUCUAUUAUCGAAUUUGCAACUCAAGAACAAAUCAAAUUUAUAUUCUCACCGUCUUAUGCUCCUCACUUUGGUGGCAUUUGGGAAGCUGGCGUGAAAUCCGCGAAACAUCAUAUUAAACGCGUAAUGGGUAAUACACAUUUGACGUUCGAAGAAAUAAGUACAUUAUUUGCACAAGUCGAAGCUAUACUUAACAGUCGUCCCCUGUGUCCAUUAUCUCCUUCUCCAAACGACUUCCUAGCCCUUACUCCAGGGCAUUUUCUGAUUGGUCGUCCUAUCACUUCACUGCCGUCACCCGAUCUAACUGACCAUAAUUCAAGCAGUCUGCAGCGCUACGCACGGCUUGAGCAAAUCAGACAACAUUUUUGGAACCGUUGGAACAAAGAAUAUGUCUCCGAAUUACAAAACCGACUCAAGUGGCGCACCAACGACGGCCCCAAGCUCAAAAUUGGUGACCUUGUUUUAAUACAUGAAGAGUACGUGCCUCCACUUUCCUGGCGAAUGGGACGAGUUACACGGAUGUUCCCAGGACGUGACGGAGUUUCCAGAGUCGUCGACAUAAACACCACCAAAGGAAGCUUAAGAAGACCACUAACCCGAAUUUGUCCAUUGCUGCCUGAUUAGUGUUUGUAGAAAGAUAAGCCUUUCUACGCGGGGGAGGAUGUCAACGCCGCAAUGUUCCUCAAGGCGAUAAUUGCACAUUGAUUACCGCAGGCGUUUACUUUAUUGCAUCAUAAUAUCAAAAGGCCUUUUAAUUAACA